AUGUGUGUUGUUGAGGUUGUGCCGCUGGACACAAAUGAAGAGAAUCUUAAUAAUUCAAAGGUUGCCAAUUCAUUAAAAAAAUGUUUUUCAGUUCACAUGCUUAAUUAUAACAAAUAUUUAAGUGUAAGCUCUGACAAGUUUGAUUCUAUAAAGCAUGAUGUUUCAAUUCCAUUAGAGAAAAAAAAUGAAGAAAUGGAUAUUAUAAGUAAUGAAUUGAAUCAUAUCAAAUCACUAAAGAAUCUUACAUUUGGAUUAUUAGAAUAUUUUUUUAAACUUCUUGAAGAAUAUCAGAAUGGUGGUAUAAUGUCACAAUCUAAUUUUAAAAAAGAAACGCUGGAAUUAAUUUCAACUUUUCACAACUCUGCAUUAAAAAUGAAUGAUACAGAGUUUUUCCAACAUUUAUUAAAUCAGUAUCAUCCAAAUGGAAACAUAAGGAAUGAAAAAUCAAUUAAUAACCAUCAUCAAAAAAAUAAGGAUAAAAAUAAUGAAGAGAAAAAAGACAAUUUAGCUUUGGAUUUGGUUGAUGAUAUGUUAAAAGAAGUCAGUGAUUCUGCUGAUAAUAUUGAAGAAAAAAUGAAUAAUAAUAAAUUUGUUGACAAUCCAAAGGUGCAUGGAUCUCUUGAAACUGUUGUUAGAUUAGAAAAAGAUGAGGAAGAUUUCUUUUUAAAUAAUAAUGAGCAAGAAGGUGAUUCACCUGAUAAUGAUGAAACACAUCACAAGUUGGUUGGGUUAGUCGAUAGUGACAAUAAUGAAUACAUUCUUACUAGACCCCAUGAUUUAACUGUUUUUUAUGAAGAUGCACGACUUUUACAAGAUAUAGUUGUUACAAUAGUUUUAUCUUUUGUAUUUGGUUCAAUUUCACAUAGUAUUGGAUUACCAGCAUUUUUGGGUUAUAUUGUUGCUGGAUGUUUACUUGGACCUGCAGGAUACAACGUAAUCCAGGAAUUAAUUCAAACAGAAACACUAUCUCAGUUAGGAGUUGUCUUUAUUGUGUUUAUGUUAGGACUUGGAUUUUCAUUUGAAAAACUUAAAUCUUCAUUGAAAUUUGCACUUGGCAGUACAUUAUUGAUAUUCGGUUCAACCCUUUGCUAUUUUAUUUUUGCUGGUUUCAUAAUUGGUGCAAGUAUCAAUCAAUCUAUUUUUAUUGGUGCAUGUGUGUCACUCUCUAGUACAACUGUUGUUGAACGUUUGAAAUAUCAAGAGCUUGAACCAUUAUAUGCGUUACCAGCUCUUUCUAAAUCUGGAAUGGAUGCAAUUUUAGCUAUUGGUUAUUUGUUUUUAUCUUUAGUGAUAUUUUUCGGAUUAAGUUAUUUAAUCACCAAACUUCCAGUUGCUUGGAUUCUUAGAACAUCCAAAAAAGCCAAAAACCGCGAACUUUUCCUUCUUAGCUCAAUAUCAUUAUGUUUAGUGAUGUCACAGCUUUCACUUUCACUUGGUCUUGGCGUUGAAAUUGGUUGCUUUGUUGCAGGAACAUUCAUACACAAUUGUAGACAUAUUAUUGACUCUUCAAUCAGCACGGUUGAGCCAAUUAAAGAUUUGUUUUCAUGUUUAUUUUUUGCCAGUAUAGGACUUCACAUUUAUCCCAGCUUUUUGAUUAAUGAAGCACCACUGUUGCUUAUACUUACUGCGGGAGCUGUAGGAUUUAAAUUUAUUAAUAGUAGUCUUGCGUUAGUGAUAUUGGGGCAUCCUAUUCAACAUGCUUCAAAAAUGGCUGUUGGUUUAUCUCAAAUUAGCGAGUUUGUGUUUGUGCUUGGAAGUCGUGCAAAAGGAUACGGAAUCAUAUCGAGAGAAGUAUACUAUCUUCUAUUAACGACCACUUCUUUAACACUUGUGGUGACACCGAUAUUAUGUUACAUAUUAUUCAAUAAAAGAAAAGGUCUUGGUAGUAUUGGUGGUUACAGUGAUCCGGGUGGGGAUAGAAAAUUUAUGGACUAA